AUGCAACAAGAGAACAAAUGGCCGGACGACAAUCACGCACUGCUUGUGUACCGUCGACGAGCUACAACCAAGAUUACGAAAAUAUACUUCUUGGCUGCGCCCAAACCCACAGAAGGGGACGUGUGGUAUUUAUGGCUGCUGUUGAAGCGUGGAGGGUGUACCCCAAGAAGCUUUCUGGAAGCAAGAACCCACCGCGACACGACAUACGAAUCUUUCAAAGACACCUGCCGUGCCCGCGGCCUUCUGGAUGACCCAUUAACUCAAGAAUCAUCUCUGUGUUUGCAAGAAGCAAUCGAAAACAAUGCUUCACCUCGUCAACUUCGGAGUCUAUUCAUCCUGCUCGUCGUCGGUGCAAAGCCGGUUGCUGCUGCUUUCGACACAUACCACACGCACAUGAUGGAGCCGGCAUGGAUAGAGAACCACCCGAGCGAGACCGCCAGACUUUUGAAACUGUUACAAUGUCUGCAACGGCACCUUCUCGCUGAGGGAUGCAAAAGCGUCCAACAUCUAGGGCUUAACGUGCCUGAGGGAUUUGUUUUAGAGGACUCCGAGCUUCAGAGGGCCCGAGUUGCUCAACUAUUGGAUCAUCGUGACAAGGACGUCGACACCGUCUUGCGUGAGUUGGCUAUGUUCACGGAUGAGCAACGACUUGUUUUCGACACCAUCGUCAACGCUUGCCAAUCGGAUGAAGCCUACACGUUCGACAUCAAAGGGCGUGCCGGCACAGGAAAAACGGUACUGAUGAACGCCAUUUCUGCGCAAGUUCGGCUUAACAAUCAUCUCACCGCCCCUGCUGCAUCAACCGCAAACCCAUCAAACAAGAACCCAUGGAUGGGAUCGGCUCCUCAGCGGCCAAAGCGUCCACUAACACCAAGCGCGAGCGCAAGGGUAACGCGGCAUACGCCAUAA